AUACGUUUAACCGCCAUUCUGCGAGAAAAAAGUAAAUUUUGAAAUAUCACAAGAAACAAAGUAUGAUUUUUAAUAAAUAUAUUGACAUAAAUUAUUAUAAUUGUCAAUAAACAUUAUAUUAUAUUUUAUACCGUGUUAUAUCAGAUAAAUGUUACAAUGAAGAAUUUACAGCUGCCAUUUUUGUUUCUGGUUUGCAUACUGGUGCUAAAGUGUAAAAGUGAUAAACAAAAUCACCUAUUUUGCAAAUCUGUGUGCUAUGAUGAUGUGCAGAAGGCAGUGAAAAACAAUUCGCUGAUAAUCGACGUGCGGUCAAAACAAGAAGUCGCUGAAUCUGGUCUGAUUCCUACCAGCGUAAACAUUCCAUUGGGAUGCUUGCGCUCGAAGCUGGAAAUGUCGAGGAAAGAUUUUAAGGAUGAAUUUAAUCACUCAAAACCGAAAAAACGCACUCUGAUCAUCGUUACCGGCCGCACAGGAAUGCCCAACUCGCCCGCCUGCGAAAUCCUCUGUUUUCUAGGAUUCAAAAAAGUCAGAGAUUACGUCGGCGGUUAUGAAGACUUCGAGCGAAGGGACAAAGAGUGCAGACCGCCACCUGCGCCAUAUUGCAGCCAUAACAUUGCUAAUUCAUGCGAGCCUACUGGGGAUGCUUACCCAGUACCAACUACAUCCGAGAUUCCAAUAAAUCCUCUUCAAUAUGGCAAUAGUUGCUCAAAUCCAUUGUCCUGUUUGCAGGAUAAGUUAACGCAAAGCAAGAAAGAUUUCAAGGAUGAGUUUGACCUUGGAAACAUGUCCAAGUCAACGACGGUACCCAAAGUUGUUGAUUUUAAGCAAGUGAAGAGUCUGCCUGAUGAUAUUUUGCUGAUUGAUGUGAGGGAGCCCAGUGAAUUGCAACAAGUUGGCGUUUUACCGAAAAGUAUCAACAUACCACUUGGAAAUGUAGAAAAUGCAUUCAAACAACUAACUCCUGAAGAAUUCAAACAACUUUAUGGCUGCAAUAAACCUGAUCUGAACAACUCCAUGGUUUUCAGUUGCAAAGCAGGCAUUCGAAGCGCCAAGGCGAUGAAAAUACUCGAAAAUUUAGGAUAUAAAAACACAAGCAACUACCAAGGAGGUUUUGAUGACUGGCUGGAGCAAACUCAGAAACCUUCAGCAUAAUACUCAAAUUAAACUUUAAAACAUGUCAUACCGAAUAAAAUUAAAUAUAAUAUUCUA